AUGGCAAGCUUCCAAGUGCAAUUCUCCGUCGGCGGGUUGAAACCCAAGGCGGACGCAUUCAUUGUGCUCUACUUGAACGGCGCCCCGGUCGGUCGCACAGAGACGAUCCACAACGUCCCCAACCCAUCGUUCUUACAAAGCUUCAAAGUGGACGCUCCUUUGGGCGGCGAAAUUCUCAAGAUCGAAGUGUAUGACGAAGAGAAAUCGUCAUCAAAGAGCCUGAAGGAUCAAGACCUGCUUGGCAUUGUCGAAGUGCCCGUGAAGCAACUCGUGGACAACUUGGCGCAGAUCACGACUUUGCGGACGUCGGGGGGCGGCGCUCGUGGGUUGUUCAAGAAGGAGCAGCCCCCUCUCAAUGUCUACGUACAAACCGAACUCAUGAACCCAACAUUGGACGUUCUCGUCAUGCAGUGGUCCGCGAAGGACCUCACCAACCUGGACGGCAUGUUCAACAAAUCCGACCCGGUGCUCUUUUUGGGGCGCAUGGUGCAAGAUGGGAGCUUCUUGCCUGCCUUUCGCACAGAAGUCAUCGAUGGCAACUUAAACCCUGUCUGGCAGCAAGCAACUGUGACCCUCCAACGUCUGGCGAAUGGGGACCUCGACCGCCCUCUCCUCGCUCAAGUGUUUGACAUGGACAAUGGGGAGAAGAAGCGCGAGCUCAUUGGGCAGGUCCAAACCAGUGCCCGUGCGCUCUUGGAGCUCCCAACGCUGUUUUUGUUGAGUGCGUCUGGCAAGCCCGCAGGAUCGUUGCGCCCAUUGCACAUGCGUUUGCAGCAAUCCCCACCCUUUGUUGGCUUUGCCCCUGGGGCCUGUCCGAUCCAAGCCAUUCAAGGACUCGUAGCCCCGCCGCCCGCGCCAGUAGCUGCAGUCCCUCUACACGACAAGUUGUCCCAUGGGUUUGACUAUGCGACGUCAUCCAGUGCACCUGGUCAGGAGAUCGCCACGGCUGUGCCAGAGGUAGCCCCACUCGCUGUUCCUAUCGACGCCCCCGUUCAAGUGGUGGCGGCCCCCGUGGCCACCAAAGUUGACUGGCUCGUGAAAGUCCAUUCGCAAGACGGCGGCCAAGACACCACAGUUGUCUUUAUCAACAGCACUUCCCGUGCCGUCGACAUUGUGUGGGUCGCUUAUGAAGGCGACGAGCACUUUUACAAUCGCAUCGAACCCGGCCAUCGGUACGAGCAGCCGACCAUCUCUCAGCACUCGUGGAAGAUUGCGUUCUCGGACACUCAAGAACCGCUCGCAUACUUCCUCGCGCCGCUCACCAAUAGCGUCGUCGACAUCCACGGCGUGAAUCAAAUUGUAAUUGGCGCCAACCUCCAGCCCAUGCAACCCGGCGAUCUCUCCGACUCGAUCCCGACCGUGCUCGAGUUUGCCAACUGCACGCCCGGCGUGCUAUCCAUCCGAUGGGUCGACUCGGACCAAACUGAGACCCAAUACGCUGUGCUGCAGCCCGGCGAAAGCUAUCGCCAAGACACGUACUCAAACCACGUGUGGAAGGCAACGUAUAUCGCAUCUGACACGGCGCUCGCGUUUGUCUCGGCGCCUCGAGAACCCACCCACGUCGAUGUGUGCGGAUUCAACCAACUCCGCUUGACAAGACUGUAG